AUGACGAGAAGGAAGAUACAGAUAAAGAAAAUAGACAGUGUAACAGCAGGACAAGUGACAUUCUCAAAGAGAAGGAAAGGUCUCUUCAAGAAGGCACAGGAACUCUCAAUUCUCUGCGACACUGAAAUCGCCCUCUGGGUACCGUCUUCUCUUCCACGAGCAAGGUCUUUGAUUAUGCUAGCUCAAGAUUCCUGCAUUCACCUUCAACAAAUUGAAUAUGCUGGUUUCGCAUGCUGGUUUAGAAUAUUGCCCCUUCUUGACCGUGUGAUAUGCUGGUCCAUUUCAAUGAUAUCUGGUCAUUGCAGUCACUCAUGUGCUUUCAGUGAUGCUACGGCUGUUGCUGCUGCUACUGUACAUUCCUGGACGGUCUUCCUUGUCUCAAACGAGAAUGAUCUUUUGUACAUUGAUGAGGGGAUUAAUGAUUGA